AUGAAUAACCUACUGUUGACUGGAAGCCUGGCUGGUUUGGUGGGUUGUGAGACCGCCCCGGGCGGCGGCCACAAGAAGAGGGACUCUCUGGGGACUGCGGGCUCAGCGCACCUCAUUAUCAAGGAUCUUGGAGAAAUUCAUUCAAGGCUCUUGGAUCACAGACCAGUUAUUCAAGGUGAAACUCGUUAUUUUGUAAAAGAAUUUGAAGGAGUCAGGUCUUGUUCUGUCACCAGGCCUGUGUGCAAUGGCCUUAUCACACCUCCCUGCAACCUCCAACUCCUGGCUCAAGCAAUCCUCCAGCUUCAGUCUUCCAAGGAGCUAGCACUAUAG